ACGCCCUUGCGCUCCGAUUUGAUGCUCUCUGAGACUCUGAAAAUACACGAGGGAGAAAGACUAGUCCCAAGGCAUGAAUACAAUAUUUAAUAAACUAGAUGUCCACUCUAAGCGUCCGUCUUGCUGUACCUAUUGACCAUCGAUAGUUGUGUGCUCAAGUUUACCAAGAACCAAAGUUGUCAGGCAGCGUUCAUUGAACGCAUGCGCAUUGCAUCCACUAUCCAGCUCAAAAUAAGAGUUAAAACAGAAACGAGGAGGAGGAGAGCAGGGAGAGAUGACUGACACCCCGCCCAGCGAUGGCCCCUCCCAGGGGGCAGAGUUUGACAUGAUAGGCGCUCUGGACUGGCAGGAUGGCAUCGCCACACUGCCCGGCAGCGACAUCAAGUUCCGUAUGACAGAGUUUGGAACUUUGGAGAUCGUGACAGAGCCAGAGGUCAAAGAGGCAGGACCAACCCCCCAGAACCCCGCCCAGUCAAAAAGCCCCACCCCUCCACCAGAGGCCCAAUCAGAGAGCAGCGCAGCCUCUUCUGCAGCCAAGGAAGUCCAGCCACUUGCACCUAAGGCUCAAGGCCCUGUGCUUCUGUCUCUAGAGGAGGAGCCCAGUGCGGAGGCGGGCCCCAGUGCGGAGGCGGGCCCCAGUGCGGAGGCGGGCCCCAGUGCGGAGGCGGGCCCCAGUGCGGAGGCGGGCCCCAGUGCGGAGGCGGGCCCCAGUGCGGAGGCGGGCCCCAGUGCGGAGGCGGGCCCCAGUGCGGAGGCGGGCCCCAGUGCGGAGGCGGGCCCCAGUGCGGAGGCGGGCCCCAGUGCGGAGGCGGGCCCCAGUGCGGAGGCGGGCCCCAGUGCGGAGGCGGGCCACAGUGCGGAGGCGGGCCACAGUGCGGAGGCGGGCCACAGGGCUGCGAUGGCUAGCUGUAGGUCGUGUGGGGGCUCCGGUCCACUGGAGAGUUUCCUCCAGGGCAAAUACUGCAGCUCCAUUUGUGUCCAGCCCUCCAGUGGCAGGUCAUCACCCGGAGAGCGGCGGGAGAGAGAUGGGGGGGAGGGGGGACUGGGGAAACGAGUGAGGAAGAAGAGGAAGAUCUACAUGGACUCUGGUGAUGAAGAGGAAGACAACCAGGAGGAGGAAGAGGACAAGGCCAAGGCUGUCAAAGGGAGGAGAGCUGCUAAGCUGGCCAAGUUAGUGACAGCCCCACCCAAUAAGAAGCGACCCUGGAGCUGGCCCUCCUACAUGGAGGAGGAGAAGGCUAUAGCUGCCCCCCUUAAACUGUUCAAGGAGCACCAGUCGUUCCCUCAGAGCAGGAAUGCCUUCAAAGUGGGGAUGAAGUUAGAAGGACUGGACCCCUGUCACCCCUCUCUGUUCUGUGUGCUCAGUGUUGCUGAGGUCCAGGGUUAUAGGGUAAGGCUUCAUUUCGACGGGUAUCCAGAGUGCUAUGACUUCUGGGUAAAUGCUGACACCUGGGAUGUGAAGCCGGCGGGCUGGUGUGAGAAGAUGGGACACAAGCUGCUACUGCCUAAAGGUUGUAAGGAUGGGGAGUUCAACUGGAACAUGUAUGUGAAGAACUGCAGAGGUCAGCUGGCCCCCAAACACCUCUUCAAGAGCCUCAACACGUCGGUGACUCCGUCAGGGUUCCGUGCGGGUAUGAAGCUAGAGGCAGUGGAUAAGAAGAACCCAUAUCUGAUCUGCGUAGCGUCCAUCGCGGCUGCUGUUGACAACAGACUCCUCAUACACUUUGACAACUGGGACGACACCUAUGACUACUGGUGUGAUGCCAGCAGUCCCUACAUCCACCCUGUAGGUUACUGUGAGGAAGCUGAGCUGACCCUCACCACCCCUGCUGAGUAUAAGCACCCGAGGAGUUUUUCCUGGGAUAAAUACAUGGAGGAGACUGGGACACAGGCAGCCCCUGCACGUGCCUUCAAACUGCGUCCGUGCCAUGGGUUCCACGCUGGAAUGAAGCUGGAAGCCGUCGAUAAGAGGAAUCCCAUGCUCAUCCGCGUAGCAACCAUCGCCGAGGUGGAGGACCACCGACUGAGGAUCCAUUUUGAUGGCUGGAGUGAGGAGUAUGACUACUGGGUGGAUGCUGACUGCCCAGACCUCCACCCUGUGGGCUGGUGUCAGAAGACUAGUCAUCCCCUACAACACCCCUCCAAUGGCUCCACUGAUAUGCUGGUCCUCCCAGGGCAGGGCUGUCCUACCCCAGGAUGCAAUGGGGUUGGUCACAUCCGAGGACCCCGCUACGGAACCCACUACACGGGGGUGAGCUGUCCGUACUCGGAGAUGAACCUGAACAGGGAGGGCCAGGUACCAGACCGUCUGAGUGGAGAACGACCUAUGACCCUGAGUGGGCCUCAUCACCAUGGGCAACGCCCAGACCCUCCUUCACACACCCAGACAAACAGCCCCACCACACCGGAGCAGCCCGAGCCUGCAGACGACUCCCCUCAGACCAGUGUAACUAGGGGGCCGAUGGUUGACGAGGGCGAACGAUCCAGGUGCAGCAGUCAGAGUGAGCCACCAGGGGGCUCCACUGAGCCCAUCAACGACGGAGCCAAGGCCAAGAGGUCUGCUCCAGUCCCAAAGUAUCUGAAGCUGCACGUCGUCAAGCAGGAGAAUGGAGAUGGGAAAGACUCCCUGUCUCUCCAGCAGGCGCUCCAUGAGUCAGUGUUCUCCCCAGGCGGCUCCUCCUCUCCCCCUCACAGGGUGGCUCUGUGCUGGGACAAACACUGCCAGCUGCUCCCUGAGGUCCUGGGCCUCACAGCUAAGAGAGUUUCAACCUGGACCGCCGACGAGGUGGCCAGUUUUGUCAAAGGACUCCCGGGCUGCAAAGAGCAUGCUGCCACCUUCAGGACAGAGCAAAUGGAUGGAGAGGCCUUCCUUCUUCUCACCCAAGCAGACAUAGUCAAGAUCCUGUCAAUCAAACUAGGCCCCGCCCUCAAGAUAUUCAACGCCAUACUCAUGCUGAAGAACGCUGAUGAGGAGUGAGACGCCCCCUCGCGCUUCAUUUCCUCCCACACCCGACCAAUGUAUCUGAAUAGUCUAAUAGUCUAGAGAAGUUUCAUCUCCUUUCUUUGCCUCCUCACCUUAUCCUCUUUGGUCUUCAUCUGCACUGAUCUGAGCCCGCAGGAUAGGUCAGAGCAACGUAAUGGAUGGCCACCAGGAAUCUGCUUUUAGCUACCCUGUUCUUCCACAUCAGUGUAGAGAGGAUACAGAGAGGAUGUACCUGGUGUCAGUGUAGAGGAGUAGAGAGGAUGUACCUGGUGUCAGUGUAGAGGAGUAGAGAGGAUGUACCUGGUGUCAGUGUAGAGAAGAUACAGAGAGGAUGUACCUGGUGUCAGUGUAGAGGAGUAGAGAGGAUGUACCUGGUGUCAGUGUAGAGGAGUAGAGAGGAUGUACCUGGUGUCAGUGUAGAGGAGUAGAGAGGAUGUACCUGGUGUCAGUGUAGAGGAGUAGAGAGGAUACAGAGAGGAUGUACCUGGUGUCAGUGUAGAGGAGUAGAGAGGAUGUACCUGGUGUCAGUGUAGAGAAGAUACAGAGAGGAUGUACCUGGUGUCAGUGUAGAGGAGUAGAGAGGAUGUACCUGGUGUCAGUGUAGAGGAGUAGAGAGGAUACAGAGAGGAUGUACCUGGUGUCAGUGUAGAGGAGUAGAGAGGAUGUACCUGGUGUCAGUGUAGAGGAGUAGAGAGGAUACAGAGAGGAUGUACCUGGUGUCAGUGUAGAGGAGUAGAGAGGAUGUACCUGGUGUCAGUGUAGAGGAGUAGAGAGGAUGUACCUGGUGUCAGUGUAGAGAAGAUACAGAGAGGAUGUACCUGGUGUCAGUGUAGAGGAGUAGAGAGGAUGUACCUGGUGUCAGUGUAGAGGAGUAGAGAGGAUACAGAGAGGAUGUACCUGGUGUCAGUAGAGAGGAUACAGAGAGGAUGUACCUGGUGUCAGUGUAGAGGAGUAGAGAGGAUGUACCUGGUGUCAGUAGAGAGGAUACAGAGAGGAUGUACCUGGUGUCAGUGUAGAGGAGUAGAGAGGAUACAGAGAGGAUGUACCUGGUGUCAGUAGAGAGGAUACAGAGAGGAUGUACCUGGUGUCAGUGUAGAGGAGUAGAGAGGAUGUACCUGGUGUCAGUAGAGAGGAUACAGAGAGGAUGUACCUGGUGUCAGUGUAGAGGAGUAGAGAGGAUGUACCUGGUGUCAGUGUAGAGGAGUAGAGAGGAUGUACCUGGUGUCAGUGUAGAGGAGUAGAGAGGAUGUACCUGGUGUCAGUGUAGAGGAGUAGAGAGGAUGUACCUGGUGUCAGUGUAGAGGAGUAGAGAGGAUGUACCUGGUGUCAGUAGAGAGGAUACAGAGAGGAUGUACCUGGUGUCAGUGUAGAGGAGUAGAGCGGAUGUACCUGGUGUCAGUGUAGAGGAGUAGAGAGGAUGUACCUGGUGUCAGUGUAGAGGAGUAGAGAGGAUACAGAGAGGAUGUACCUGUGGUGUCUGUUGGAAGAUCUUAAUUGCAUACUCCUCGCGUCCUUUCCUCGUCUCCUCAAAACCCAUUGGAUGAGAGGACACGAGGAGAGAGGACGCGAGAAGUAUGCAAUUGAGAUCUUACCUGUUAGACAGACAUCACAGACAACCCAAGAAAGUGUUUUAUACUAUAGCAUAGCAACAAUUAUAAUUUAAAGGGGCAAUCCGGAGUUGAAACAAUAACAAAGCAUGAACCCCACCACUGUUUUGGCCAAAAGCUGAGGGAUGGAUGGGGCUGGAGAAAUGUUACCGCUCUCAAAUUCAUAGACAGAACUAUUUAUACAAGGACUGACCAUCAUCAAAAUGAUAGUUUGAACCAUGUUUUGAGGCUAUACAGUGUUGGUUUACAUUUACUUUGUUUACCAACAUUGAAGAUGAACAAGCUUAUAUUUGGUGUUUUGGGGUUCUGAUGGGGUACGACAGUUGAACUAAGCUCAUGAGGCAUUUAUAAGAUAUUCUUUGAGAAUCAAUGGGUAUAUAUAAAACAAAAUGUAUGUAGCAAUUGCAGAUUGCCCCAUUAACUUAAAUGUUUUUUCUGAGUGAGUAAGAAAUGAGCAGUGGGCAGCUUUUAAAGUAUUGGUAUUGAAUUCAAUUUUAAGGUAGACUCAGUGAAAUGACGUUGCCACGAGCAGCACCACGGAUAUUGAGAUGAGUAAGAUGCAAGACUUCGCUCACAGUCACACACAGUAUCUGCGAACAGGAGGCUGGUGGCUCUUUAAUUGGGGAAAACGGGUUCAUAGUAACAGCUGGAACGGAAUCAAUGGAAUGGUAUUGGUUUCCAUGUGUUUGAUAGCGUUCCAGUCACUCCAUUCCAGACAUUACUAUGAGCCGUCUUCCCCUCAGAUGUGGAUGGGUUCGCUUCACACUGUUCCCUGGCCUGGCUACCGGGAAUCAAAACAGUGGAGAAGUUGAGCCUCGCGCUUUAACGCUCGUAGUUAUUGUGGGCAUUGAUCCACUAUGCUGUUUACUUUCAGCAUCUACGUCAUAUUGCUGCGUCAACCUUUAAUAUUAUAAUUUUUUUAUCUGCUUUUAUUUUAAAUUGUUGAGGAAAUGGUGCUCAGCCCUGAGCAAAUGGAACCAGAUUAGUCCAUACAUGUUUUUACUUGAAUACUUGUUGAUUUAUUAUUUUUGUUGUGAAAGAAAAUCACCAUGUAGUUUACCUCUCUGCCAGAUGGAUACAUUCCUCUACAUGUCCAGGUCAGGAAGAGGUUGGCACAUCUCACGGCUUGGGUGGAGGGAGAGGAUUGAUUUGUUUGUGUGUGUGUGUGUGUGUGUGUGUGUGUGUGUGUGUGUGUGUGUGUGUGUGUGUGUGUGUGUGUGUGCGCCAGUCAGAUGUUUAUUUAAAAGGGUGAAUGUUAUAGCAUUGGAACUUUAAGGAAAGCUGGACUUCAGGACUAAUUCAACUGAAGAGAGAUGUUUUUCUAUGUACCUGCUUUAGAGCUAAUGGUAAAACACUAAUGAAAUUGGAAUGUAAAGAAAGGAAGAGAAAAUUCAUCAAUUUGUUCUGAAUGAAUAUUGUUUGCUGUUUAAUUUGGUCUGAUUGAUCUUUGUGUACACAGUGUAAAUAGUGUAUUAUAGCUCUGGGGUUGUGACACACCCUGCAUCCCUAUAGGAAGUGGUUAUUUGGAAGCUUAUGCAAAUCAAUACCAAUCUUUUCCAAGAAAUUAAAAAUGUAUUUUUUUUUUAUUGAACUGAGGAAUUCAUCUUUUAAAGCUUUAGUGAAAUUUUGUAAACAAUUUUUUUCAUCAAUGUCCUCCGUGCAACAAUAUAGUUUAUAUUCAAAACCAGGAUUUCUGUAUUUUAAUUUAAGGGGCAUUGAUAAGUGCUGUUGACUUGUGAGAUGUUGUGAAGGUGCAUGUUGGCUUGUGUUUGCUGGAGUGUGUGAGUGGAAUGGAAUAAAUGAAAUGCAGUCUU